CUCCUGGUGAGGCCUGGUAGACAAAUGGUAAUUUGGAUUCUGUACUUUAGUGUUAGAAGGUUAGUUGUGCUGGACUCAAUUCGGUUUACCUAUUUUUUUGUUGCACUUUUGUACUGAAUUAAUAACCCUUCUGAAAUACAUUGUUUUAACAUACAAAAACCCAGCAACAGCAUUAUCUAACCACCAAAUAACCACACAACAGUUAAACCAGAAACCCACUUUGAGUCACAUACUCAUCUACAUCUAUUGGGAAUAUAUACAGAAGUACAAAGACCAGCAUCACUUAAGUUGUAUAUGCACACAUGUAAGUAGGCCAGACCAAGCCUAAACAUCUGUCAGUCUGCUGGCCUCCUUGCUGCCCUGUGAGAGGCCGAUGACAGCUGGACAGGGAGCGUCUGGCUCCCUUCUUGUGACCGUACCGGCAGUUGCCUUCCUAAAAUAGCCCCCCUCUCCAGCACCUUAUAUGUGCAAGGCUCCAGUGUGUGGCUGGGGAGGUAUUGUGUAUCCAGGCCACAGAAUAUUCUGACCGAAGGCACACUGUAGCUCCGUAACACGGGGACCCCGCCACAAGCCUGGAGGCCCUCUCCUUCUCCGAGCCCUGCUCCCGAUCACCACCGCGGCCAUGCAUCUCACCCAGCUGAACCGCGAGUGUCUGCUGCACCUCUUCUCCUUCCUGGACAACGACAGCAGGCGGAGCCUCUCCCUGACCUGCGAGCCGCUGCGCCAGGUCUUCCUGGACCCCCGUCUGUGGACACUGCUGAGCUUCUGCUCCCCCAGCCAGCUGAGGUGGGACAAUUUCCUGCUGGGCUCCUCUCUGCGCUCGCUGUCGGUCUGCUGGCACUCCAGCCGGGUGCUGCGCGUGUGUAACAUCGAGGACUGGAUGAAGACGCCCUUCCAGAGAGACAUCUGCGCUAAACACCAGGAUCUGGUCAGCGACUUCCUGGCCCGCGUCUGCCUCACGUGCCCCCACCUGCACUCCCUGACGCUGUCCGGCUGCGCCCACAUCACCGACAGGGACGUGACGGCCGUGCUGCGGAGCUGCGGCGGCCUGCGGCGCCUGCGCCUGGAGAACUGCUGCCGCCUCACGGACGAGGUGCUCCACGCCGUGGCGGAGCACGGUGGCUGCCUGGCCGAGCUGCGGGUGGACUUCUGCCGCAACGUGACGCGGGCUGGGCUGCGGCUAGUCCGGGAGCGGCGGCCCGGCGUGUCGCUCAGCGCCGACCGCAGCGGGAGCAUGGUCCCCGACAGCAGGCCGGAGGAGGGCCUGACGUUCAGCACCACGCUGCAGAAGCUGCUGCAGUUCUCCUGAACGCCACCAGGGGGACACACGCUAGGGAGACCUUUACUAGGGGGACCUCGACUAGGAGGACCUCCACCAGAGGGACCUCCGCGACUAGGGGGACCGGCACUAGGGGGACCUCCACUAGGGGGACCUCCACUAGGGGGACCUCCACCAGGGGUACCUCAACUAGGGGGACCUCCACAAGGGGGACCUCCACUAGGGGGAGCUCCACUAUGGACCUCCACUAGGGCGACCUCCACUGGAGGGACCUCCACUUGGGGGAUCUCCACCAGGGGUACCUCAAUUAGGUCCACAAAGGAGAACUCCGCUUUAAAGAGCAGCUUGAAGGUCCAUCUCCUGUUUGUGGGAUGGGCCUGCCUGUGUGAGCCCUUUGAGGAUUUAGACCGCUCCAAGCUCAUUUCUCACCAAUUAGGAUAUCUCUUCCUUGAUUGGUUGGGGAGAAAUAUAGGGUGGGAGGGAGCAGAGAGGGAAAGGAUGCAGCUCAAUGUAUGGGGGCUUCAGGCCAUUCUCUUUAGACUGACAGCAUUACGGCUUGGGAGAAACAUGAAACAUGGAAAUACGUUUACAAUCAAUCUACUUCAUGCUUUCCCUAAGUUUACUUACUGCGGAUACCAGAGUGCAAGGUUCUCUUUCAGGUUCAUUGUUGAUGGUUGUUUUUUAUAAUACAAAUGCUUCUUGUAAUGUAUUUUUUGUUUUUUUAUCGUAUUGGAUUGUACGAACUUUGUAUUUGUACACAUGACUUUGACACCAAUUUUUUACUCAUAAAAGAAAAAAAUCAAAGAAUAUCCGCGAUGUUUAAUUUAUAUAUGUAUGCUGUAUUUUUAGAUGUAUGCCUCAUGAUGCUUUUGUACAAACAAGUACCCCGGAGCCUGUUUCUUUUGGAGCUGAAUAAAAUGAUACUACUUAAUGGCUGCCAUUAAAAUAAUGGAGAAGUAGAUUUGAUGGAAGUCCUAUCAGCACCAGGGAGGGGUGGGGGCAGAUGGAACGCUGCCCAGGUUAUAUAAGACUGCAGAACGUAACAAAGUAGGUUCGGCAGGCGUCUAUCUUUUUUGUCUGCGUGUCUGUGUUCCAUGUGAAACAGUCCUAUAGAAGCGUUCCAGAAUGUUCUAUUCGGAACCGCUCACACACUGUACCACGUCUGUGUAAUAUCCUUUCAACCGAGGUCGUUGUGAACGAAUGGGAGCAUUUGAUCCUCCUUGACAAUCGCAAUACUGCCCCUUUAGAAACCGUUAAAGACCAGCAGUUACACGUGUGUACACAAUGACUUUACCCUCAAAUAUUUGGGCUAAGCUACCAAACCUGUGACUGAUGAGUCACUGUUUGUAAUUCUAAUGCAUACAACACAAAUGCUGUAGGCCUUCACGGUUCCCAAAUAUUUUAUUCAAAUUCAAACAACACACGAGUGUGUUGUUGGAGUGGCUAAGGGAAAACCCCUGUUAUCAUAACCAGGUGUAAGAUUACCGCGUGGAAGAGGAGAGGGAUAAGUCCUCAGGGGGAAUCAGAAGCCAUAUCCCGCCUCCACCCCUUGUAUUACACCACAACACCAUAAUCAACACAUACAUUUCAUAUCAACCUUUGACCAAGUCUUACUCCUCCAAUAUAGACUUGCCCCACUUAGAUAUAGAACCUUAAAGUGAACCCAAGCAUCGAAAACCAAACCCUGGCACCAAUCACAUUCACUGUGCCAGGAGCACAAACUAAACCUGUCGGCUGAAUCUGUUGAAUAAAAUGUAAUAUUCCUAACAUUUUCGUUUCCCAAUGGGGAACGGCAAAUGUUCUGCUAUAACAACACGGUACAGCUUUUGCUUCAGCUAACAAAACAGCUCAUAAAUAUGUUUACAGCUAAACGUCCGGACUUCCCAAAGCCUCUCAUUCACUGGCUACACUUAGCCUUUGCGUCUCAUAGUGUGCCACUUACUGAGUAGUGAUUAUUUAAUCCCACGCCAGGUCUUCUGAGGUAGCGUACGUUCCGCAGCCUCUGACACAAAGGCAGGAAUGUGCCCUUGACAUGUAGACGCAGGACGAGACUCAUCAAAGUGUCCUUCCUUGGAUUCAAACCCACAGGGCGCCAACUCCUUUUAAUGUUUUUAUUUAUACAGUGUAUAGCUCAUUGAUGGAGGAAGAAGACGAACCGGAGGGACCUGUGGCCCAGAUGCAUGUCCUUAAAAAGCACUGCAUUUCUCAAUACAUCUGUUUCCUAUUGGCCGAGGCUGUCGCUGACUCCAUUAGCAAACUUCAAAAUACUGUACAUGGGGUUUUCCCGUAGACUGUCCCUGGAUGAACCAUUGCAACAUCUCCUUGGCUCCUUUGAGCCAAGGAGAACAGAUCGUUCUCCUACCGGCCUAGAAAUGUAUACUGCUGGAAACAAUAUUUAGUUUAUUUAACAACAAUGUAAUUGUCUGGGGAAAAUAAAUAUUUCUUUGGUUCCUGUAGUAUUUGGAGUUGUUUCGCUGUUGAGAAGGGCUUCAGGGUCGGCCCUUCGGUAAACUGGCAGUUUCAAAAGAGGACCACACGUGUGUGUGUGUGUGUGUGUGUGUGUGUUCAUGUGGGUGCAGGGUACGACUGAAGAGGGUUCAAAAGAGACUUGAACCACGGUUUACCGAGGGGGGUUGAUGGUGUUCUGGCAGAUCAGAAACCGACACUUUUGAACAACAAUUACCGGGUGGGAGAUGACUUCAUCCCAGCAUGCCUUUCACAGAGGAAGACCACAGUGAGCUUCAUGUGGAACCAUCAACAACAGGGCGAGAAGCAGCAGCAUAGCGAGCUGGUCCCAGCCUGGUGUUUCGGUUGGAACGUGAAGAGUUGUUUCUGGGGGAGAUGAGUCGCUUGCGUGGGGCUUCUCCCCUCGUAUGGUUCCCCUUAAGACCAGCAGAGAGGAUCCUCGGGAGAGGGGAGGAGCAGCAAGCUAAAUGAACAAAGGAUCUCCUUGAUGUGUUGACGACACUUCUUUCCUCUGGAUGUUGAUCAUACUUGGUGGCUCAUUACAGUAAAUAUCACAAGACGCGCUACAACUAGAAAUAACUGGAGAUCGUGUAUU